CACCAUCAGCAGCAUCAAAUGCUACACAUUCUUUAAAUGUGACUCCCUGCACAUUUGUAACUCAAACUGCCAUGUCUUGCACCUCCAUAUCAUAUUACACAACUACACAUCCAGUUGGUCCCCAUGCACCUCACUUAAAUCCAACUUCACCUUCUUAUGCCACUGUCAUUCAAACUGUCUCUCAUUGCAACAUCCCAUGUCAAACUCUGCAAAAUACCUCUUCUGCCAGCACAGGCAUAACCCCUUAUUCCUCCCCCAUCCCGACACUAAAAUCUUGCACUUCUCCGCCUCCGCUUGUGCAAACCUAUGCGUCCACUCUUACAAAUGUUCAACAAUGUGCAACACCAACUAAAGCCAUUCCUCUGUACUCUUCCACAUUUCGUGCUGCACCACCGUACACCCCCCCUUCUCAGACCCCCUACAAUGCUCAGGAUAAGAGGGGCAUUCGACUUCCACCUCCUCCUCCACCGCCUCCACCAUACACACCACGAAAAAAGGGAAAUGAUCCGCCAGGUCCUGCAGUCCGAACACCCAUGCUCAGGGCAGACAGCAAAGUCAGCAACAAAGAUAAAGAUAGAGAGAAGGAAAAAAAGGAGGAUAUAAAAGACUCACCAAAGCUCUGUGAGAGAGCCAGCUCUCUGAAGCACAGAGCUCAAACUCCGCCAGUCGCUGUGAUGAAGGGAGAGAAGCAGUCCUCCUCCUCCUCCUCUCCUGCCAAGGCCUGUUUUAAGCCCAGCUGUCUUAGCUCAGCCCAGGCUCAGCUUGGGGCGCUACACAAAAUGCUCUGCUCAGGAGCCAGCAUCAGGCCCAACACCCCCAACAGCCAACAUGCUCUCCCUCCAAAUCAGCAGGGUUGCUCUGGAUCCAGGGGCUGCUCUGCUUCUGGGGAGCGGCCUACAGCUGGGCCCCUGACUGCCACCCAGGCUGAUACUCUGAGACAGGUCCAGGAAAUUCUGGGAGGGUUGGUGUCUGGAGCCAGGUGUAAAUUAGACCCAUCCAGGGUGACAGAAAAGCUCUUGAGCCCCAACGGACCCCUGCAUGAUAUUCGUAGCUUGCAGAAUCAACUUCACAGCCUGGAGGGGGUCCUGGAGACCAGCCAGAACACCAUUAAGGUCCUGCUGGAUGUCAUUCAAGACCUUGAGAAGAAGGAAGCUGAGAGAGAUGGACAUUCCUACAGAACCGGACAGGACAUUGAGAACUGUGGGACUUGCAGGGACUGUGCGUGCAUCAUCUACAGUGUAGAGCAUGACUUUCGCCUGCAGGAAGGGCAGGUGGUCCGCACAUGGAAGGUGGGCGACCCUCCAGAAGGCUCGCCGCAGUCUCCCACUCCCCAGCCCGGUACACCUCACCAACAGGACUCCCCGCAACCAGUGCGACCCCCUGCCACCACCAAGAAGAACCGGAAGAAAUGCUUCUGGUUCCUCUGAGCACUAGAGGAUGGAGACAUUUUGAUACUAUAAUGCACUGCAUACCUGUCUUCAAAAAAAUUUUUAAAAAAAGAUUACCUGUGGAGAUUUGUUUAAAGGAACAAAUGUUAAAUGAACGGGUGGAUUAAAAAAUACAACUGUGGGUGGAGAAAGAGCUACAAAGGUUACAUUUUAAGCUGUUUCUGUUGGAGUCGAAAGUAAUGGUUUGAAUGGGCGGCACAUGUUGUUACUGCUCUUAAAAAUGCCUCUUCAACACUUACAGGUUUGACACCGGUGCAGGGAAGUAAAAGUGCUGAAGCCAAAUAAAAGUAAAAGUUCAUUCCACAAUAUGACUCACAGUUAGGAAGCAAUUAGGAGAUAUAAAAAGAAUAUAUAGCGGCUAAGGGGCACAGUACGAGCGGCAGUACAGCAGAUACGAUGGAGCAUAUUUAUAAAUGAUGUAAUGAAUAGAGUUUAUGGGCAGAGAGAUAAAGAGAAGUAGGACUUAUCUUCAUUAAUGGACUAAUGAGGGUCAGAACACCAGCUUUUAUAUCCAGAGACAUUAAAAAAAAAGAAUUAUUAUGACCUGUAUUUAAAAGUUUUAUUAUACUGUAAUUGAAGAGAAAAAAAAAAACUACACAUGACUACAUGCACAUACAGCACACACACAAACACACAAAAGAGCAAAUAAAUAGACACAUUUACAUCAAAGGCAUAUAUGACUUGAGAGAAUGGUGAGCUGAGUUCUGAAUAUGUCAGAGCUGUUAUGCUUGGAUGCUAUAUUUCAGA